CAAGUCGGUCGAGAGAGAGGCAGGGAUGAUGGCGUCUCUGGCGGCUUGAUUCUGGUGCUGCUCUGACAAACGCGCCUUAAUAGCAUCAAUAGGUGGUGGUGGAGAGGGGGAAGAGAGCAAAAGCGACGGGAACAUGACGAAACGGCAUCGCGGAGGACGGACAAACUAGGCUGAGACGGACGGACAGUCGCCUUCCCCCCGCUGACGGCUUGACUGACACAGGCGCUUGGCACAGACAGGGACAUACAUGCACAUCAUCCACUUUUUGCAAACACGCAGGCUGCGCAUCCGAGCGGGCAGUAAUUGGGCACCGGAGAUCCACAGCAGAUGAGAGCAUUUCAUGUCCAGCCUGCCCAGGAAUCGCUGUGACCCCGACAGAAAGGAGUUCGACUUGACAGGAUGGGGGGAGUAAGUGAAGGAGAUGAUGUGUUAGCUCGAUGGAGUGAUGGACUACUGUACCUCGGCAAUGUGAAAAGAGUAGAUGGAGUCAAGCAAUGUUGUCUGGUGAGAUUUGAGGACAACUCGGAGUUCUGGGUCCUAAGAAAGGACAUUCACUCUUUCGCUGCCGGAGUGGAAGAAGUUUGCUGUAUUUGUGACGCCCCGCCUCUUAAAGAACCACUCAUAAAUUGUCUUAAAUGUCGCCACGGUUAUCAUCCAGAGUGCCACACGCCAACCAUCGAACCGGAAGCUGACAGCGAUUCGUGGAUAUGUCGGCAAUGUGUCUUUGCAGUCGCAACCAAGAGGGGAGGGGCCCUCAAACGUGGACGCUUCGCCCGGCUCAUGCAGUUCAUGAAACUCCGGCUCCCCUAUCAGCUGUCCUCUCUAGACUGGGACCCGCAGCACCUGACCAAUCAGCAGCAGUGUUACUGCUACUGUGCCGGACCUGGAGAGUGGAAUCUGAAGAUGCUGCAGUGUGGAAGCUGUGGCCAGUGGUUCCAUGAAGCCUGCACGCAGUGUCUAACCAAACCAUUACUGUAUGGGGACAGGUUUUAUCAGUUCCAGUGCUCGGUAUGUGCAAACGGACCUGAGACUAUCCAAAGACUGCCCAUGACCUGGGUGGAUUUGGCUCAUUUGGUGCUCUACCAUCUCUCCCUAUGCUGCAAGAGGAAAUACUUUGAUUUUGACCAUGAAAUCCUGUCCUUCACCAAUGAGAAUUGGGACUCGUUGCUCCUAGGCGCGCUCUCUGACACACCAAGGCAAGACCGCUGUCACAAUCUCCUCAACGCUCUCAACUCCCACAAGGACAGAUUUGUGUCUGGAAAGGAGAUCAAGAAGAAGAAGUGUCUUUUCGGGCUCCAGGUCCGAGCCCCGCCUCCGCUCACAUCUGAUUCAUCCCCGCUCAUCACUGACCCACCUAUCAACAUCACGCACCGGAGAAGCCCGCUGUCACUGCCCUGCCAGAGGAGAGCGGGGGGGCCAGAGUCGCGUAAAUCAAAGCGCCGCAUCAUGGAGACACAGGCUUGUCCACCCCCAGUUGCUGCCAACCCCAUUGAGCUGCUGCCAUGUUGCCAUGGUUACGUGGGAGGGGCCAACGUCUACAACUCCAGGAAGUCAGAGGAGGAGCUUAAUCUGGGCUCUCCUCCCAAGCGGAUGUUUGCCCUGUACCACCCGACAUACAACGGAAACUCUGCCCUCUCAAGGACUCUGCACCACUACAACAGUGUGGAGGACACUUGCAGAGUACCGCCGCCCUGCCUCCCGUACUCCAUCAACUCCAACGGGAACCACCUCCACCACCACCUCCACCAGCACCACCACAACCACCAACACAACCACCAACACAACCACCAACACAACCACCACCAACACCAACACCAACACCAGCCGGGUCAGAAGCAGCUGGAGCCCUGCACCUCCCUCCUCCUGCGGGAGCUGGCCCCUUACCAGUCUGGCAUGGGCGGCGGAGGGGGAGGAGGAGGAGGGGGAGGCGGAGGCGGAGGGGGAAUGGGAGUUGGAGGAGGAGAUGGGACAGUGGCCAGGAGUUGGGGAGGGGGUGAGGCGGUGAGGAUCCUGGCGAGACGCGUCACGCCCGACGGGAAGGUGCAGUACCUUGUGGAGUGGGGGAACGUGAGUUUGUACUGAGAGAGAGAAAGAGAGAGAGAAAGUGAGAGAGGAAGAAGGGGCGCGAGAGACACAAUGACUGUUUUGCAGUCGCCUCAACAAUGUAACGCGCGGCAGCAGUUCAAAUACAAGUGAAGCGAAACAAAAAACAAACAAAAAAAAAAUCUUACACGUUGCAAAUCCAGGUUGCUCUCAUGGUAUCACCUCUAUUCUGCAUCAUUAUAAUCUCACUACUCGUUACUAUAUCUCCCUCUUUGCUAGUGUUUCUCUGAUAUUUGUACUGUUAACUUUGGAAUAUGCCUUUGCAUUUAUCAUGUUACAGUGAUGAGGGAAAAUAUCUGAACCCCCUGCUAAUUUGCCAUUAUUUGGGCCAACUGAAGUCAGGUAUUUGAUUAUAUAUAAGGCUUAAUAUGCAGUAGAUAAUCCAUGAUGUAUCAAAAAUUAUUUCAAAAAGAUUACUGCUUUCUCAACAUUUAUGAAACAAAUAAAUUGACCUGCUUAAUGAACCCAAAUUCAUAAAAUGUAUUUUUCCCCUAUUCUUGUCAUCAGUUUUGGGAUUAGAGAACCUUUUUCAUGAUAACCAGAACAUUUUUCCCAUUCUUGUAAUAGUACCUAGAAUGUUACUCCUUUUUUAUUUCUUAAUGUUUUUUUUUUUUUUUUUUUUUUUUUUGUGAAAUAUUUUGAAAAAAAAAAAAAAAAAGUUGACCUUCCUUAGCAUUUGUGCAGACAAAAUGCUGGUAAUUUCCAAGAAAAAAAUACCGAUCAAAAUUAGAUUGGGGCACUCUCAAAAAUAAAAAUAGAGCAGUAGUCUUGUAUUUUAAAAGAAUGAUGGAUAACACGCUUAGCAGCACAAGCCAUAUUGCUUAUGGCAUGACACAGAACUAAUCGUAAUAAGUUAAUAAUUUUUGGAAUGGAACUAGCUACUUUUUAAGGAGACUAACAAAGUAUAGAAACUAAUUAUUUUUAAAGCAGCUAUGCCCAAGCCUGCCUCUUAUAAUGAGUCGUAAAAGGCCCGCUCAGUAUUGAAUUGAUAGCCAGCUGAUGAACAAGCUAAACAGCCUUUAGCCAUCACCCUGCUUCCAUCAGCCUUCACAUUAAUGAUUGCUCAUUCAUCAGCUGUUGGCUAAUGUUCCUUUGGAGUUCAGUGGGAAACUUCGCUCAGAAAAUUAGCGGUGAUGAAUGGUCCGCUGGCAGGAUGGCAGCUACUGGCUGCUUUGCCUGAAAAAGCAGUAACCUUUAGUCGGCCUGGGGGAGUUGCAGCAGGAUGAAGACGGGAUAAACACAUUUGGAGGUGCUUGUUGAGUGGUUCUACAUAGAUUGUCCAGCCCUCUGGGGGCCUCAAAAUGAUGCCAAGCCAGCUUGUUUUAACAUCAAGCUGCAUUUCCAAUUUCUCUAGGUUCAUUAUGGCCCAAAAGACAACAAAUUCUAAGGAGGUUUGUGUAUUUUUCCUCAUCGCGGUAUGUUAAUAAGAGAUUGUAUACAUGUUAUUACGGGAUUACUGAUUUGUUAUGUUAGAUUUUGUCAUACAUGAUUUACAUUUAGACUACGGUAUGUAUUAGAAAUAGGAGCCACAAGAGGGCUUUUGUUUUAUAGAUAGAAUUAUAUAUUCACAAUAUAUUAUGACCGAAUAACUUUAUUUUAUUUUUUUGAUUGUGGUUGCAUAGUGCCUAUAUGGGUUGUGUACCUGCUGAUUGGUCCGCUGACCUGAAUCGACCAAUCAGAUGACAGCUGAAUGAGGCCAUAUUGCAAAUGGAUAAUUGGUCAACAGGAUGGCUCCUGCUCACUCAAGAGAUACGACGACAGGGGCCGACGAGGACCAAGGACAAUGUUGCAUACGUUUUUAAUCAGAGUGCAACUGUAAUGUAACUGUACAUUCCAAGCAACAAAAAAGAAAUAUAUGUAUGUCAUUGAAAUGUCUAUUUGAAGUAAUCUUACUGGAAAUUAUUUUGAGAGUUUGCCAAGUUUUUUGAUGAGUGUUUCUGUGAAAUGUCACAAGAUCAGUAAUAGGCCGAGACACGAGAAGGUUCAGCCACUCUGCUGCUGCUGCUCAGUUUCAUGCCACUGUGAGUCGACUUCUCUUUCAAGUUAUAGUUACAGGCAAAGGUGACACGGCUAGGCCCAACUCCCAACUCGCCUACAAACUCAUGACACCUUUCAGGAUUUAAAAGCCUGUAAUUGUCAAGGUAUAAAAUGGCAUUACAUUUGAGUUCAGAAGUCAGGGCCUCGUUGAGAGCAUCUGUCAUUUUCAGAUGUGUUUAUAAUGGCAUGUGCGGCUCUGAAGUUGGGCUUCAUAUAUAGACAUCUUUGUGAAAACAGGUUACAUAAAUCUAGACUACUGUAGUGCAAGUUUCAGAGUUUAUAUUUUAUACAGAGGUUUAUUUCAGCACUCUGGUAGAUAAAACUUACAUGAUGCAUAGAUUUGUUGGUUUUAUCUUUCAGGAGCUCAGAUAUCACAGGUUCAGUUGAAAAACAAGACACAAAUGCAGCAUUUAUACUGUUACACUCAUUUCAGUACAAAACUUGAUUUUAAUGUCAACUACGGAAGUGUGGUAGCUUUCCAAGCUGCAGCCAACAUAUAUUUCAGGCAAGUGAAAUGAUGUUGCAUUUCAAAUUUCAUCAUUCUCAGUGACUUUGACUGUAGUUUAUUAGGAAGGGGUGUGUUGAACCUUUCUAGAUGAUGGUGAUGAAUGUAUUUGUGUGUUUUCUAUGGUAUGUCUAUACCCGUCAAGUGCUUGUUAGAUCGUAUUCUAGGUGGAACUCAACCUGAUUAGUUUAAAACAAACUAGGAGGAAAUCAGAGAUUAACAUCAAGGAACAAAUUUUCUGGAGAGAUAGUCUUUUUUUCUGAUUUGUAGUCAAGUCCAAGUUCAGUUUGAUGUAUUUUUGGACAAAUUACGUUUGUACAUGUAUAUCCUGCGUUGACACACCUGAUAUGUAACAUGAAAAAUAAAAGUUUCACCUCACAACAUAA